AUGACAGAAUACAUCUCCAUUCACCCCGCCACUCUCUCCGACGUUCCCACCCUCGCAGCAAUUCGCACGGAAGCCGCUGAGACCUCUUUACUGACCCAUUUCCAGUUCAGCCCCUACCACAGCAUUGCCACAGAGAAAGAGUCAAAUGCCCUCAUCAGUCGACUCUCCGGACGCUUUACUGAACCUGAUGGGCAAAAGUUCCACUUGAUCAAAGCCGUGGAUUCACGGAAGGAAGAGACGGUGGGAUGGGGGCUGGUGAAGUGGGAGGACGGGAGCUGGGUUAAUGCUGUGACACCGUCAAGUGCGCAGGCGGUCGCUCCAGAUGAAGAAAAUCUAGUCGACAAGCAGACUGAUAGCUUAUACCAUGAAUCAGCAAUUGGGGCUAUGAACGUCAAGAUUGCGUGGCAGGGAAAGGGGGUCGGGAGGAUGAUGGUAGAAUACAUGUAUCGUGAGUACGAACUAGAGAAGGAAUUGGUAAUCGUACAGACCACUGCUUCGGCCGAGAAGUUUUACGAGAAGAUGGGCUGGAAGACUGUGGAUGGUACCGAUAUUGAUCUGAGUGAGUGGGCAGGAAAAGGGUUGGGAUAUGGGCUGCUGAGAUGUCCGCAGAUGCCUACAUUCUCAUACAUCAGCGCUACUAUCGCAAAGAUGACGACAUCGCCAUUAUCCUUGAACAUUCUCAUUGUAGGCGCGGGCGUCUGCGGUCCGGCCCUCGCCCUCAUGCUCCAACGUUCUAACCCUAAUCACGUGAUCACGGUCAUAGAACGAUUUCCCACGCUCCGGACAGGCGGACAGCAAAUCGAUAUCAAAGCACAAGGCAUCCCCAUCUUGGAGAAACUAGGUCUCCUGGAUACAAUUCGCUCGUACUGUGUCAAGGAAGGCGGCAUGGAGUUUGUUGACCGAAAUGGUAAAAGCCUCAUACAAUUCGGUAUCACGAAAGCAGGAGACACCGCUGGGGCGUUGACUCUAACCCAUGAGUUUGAGUUCAUGAGGGGGGAUUUCGUCAAAAUGAUGCAUGAUAUCAGCAUCCAGGAACGGGAGAUUCUAACCACCAGAGGACAUGUCAAAGGUGGACUGACCUACGAGUUCAACAAAUCCAUCACCGCGCUCUCCCGUUCCGAAUCCUCAUCUUCCCCCAAGACAGCAAUAGUAACAUUCUCCAUCGGCGAGACCCGCACCUUCGAUCUGGUAAUCGCAGCAGAUGGUCAAGCUUCACGGACCCGUUCUCUUGCCUUUGGCUCCGAAAUUUCCAGCUCGGCUUUCCACUCCAUGAAUAUCCAUGCCGCAUACUACAAGAUCCCUCGUCUUCCUACAGAAGAUAGCCUAGCACGCAUCUACUUCGGUUCCAACAACCGCAUGGUAAUGACACGUACGGGCAACCAACCGGCAACGCAAGUCUACCUGUUCCUCAUGAACGGCAAAGACAAAGACAGAGCAAGCCACAUGGCGGCUUACCAGAAGAGAUCCGCGGAGGAACAGAAAGAUGCUUGGAAGAGCUUGUACCAAGAUGCAGGAUGGGAGUGCCCACGCUUUCUCCAAGGCCUAGACACUGUAAAAGAUUUCUACGCCACAGAAAUCGGCCAAGUGAAGAUGCCUCAGCAGAAACUUCACAAGGACCGCGUUGUCCUCCUUGGCGACGCGGGAUACUGUCCCUCACCCUUUACAGGAAUGGGCACUACACUCUCCCUCAUCGGCGCAUACGUCCUUGCAGGCGAGUUGUUUCGACAUGGUGACGUCGAUGCUGCGCUGGAAGCCUAUCAAGAGGCCAUGAAGCAGCCUGUUGAGGAAUGUCAGAAGCUUGGGCCCUAUGCGGAUGGAAAGGGUCCCCUUCCGAGUUCAGAGUGGGGGCUUUGGAUGGCGGGUUGGGCGCUUUGGACGGUGAGUAGUCUAAGAGUUGAUAGGGUAAUCGGGUGGCUUGCGGGACUUUUACCAGAAGGGAAGGAAAAGAGGUGGGAGAUGCCGGAGUACACGGAGUUCAAUCUGAAGGCCCUGGAAAGGGAAUGA